AUGGCAACUACACCCCCCAAACCGCCUCCUAAUACCCCUACCCACCGUACGGCCGAGGCUGCGACGCAUGAAAGGGAGUGCCUGAAUGUUUGUAGAAGGCUUCUUUCUUUGUGUGUGACUCUUCUUGGAGUCGACCCCCCAAUGGUUAGAUCACUUCGCGGAAAGCUAGCAGAGGUUGUAUCUUGGACAAAGGAUGAUUGGGAACUGAGAUGGUCCCGCGAGCUUGAUAUCGACGAUUAUGCUCAACUCUGCUACUGCCUCGAUGAGUUCAAACAAUUCAAUCACUUGGACUUGUCCGCCGAGUUACUGGAGAAGCAGCACAAGACACUGCUGAGCAGGCUUUUGGGAGAACCACAGAACGAAGCAUUAAACCCAGACUUCACACCGAUGGGAAACGUCAUAUUACUUUGCGCCGCUGUUGGAGUCUUUGCUAUUCGUCAUUCGCUCACAGACAUCAAGCACCUCCGUCGACAGAAUCCCUCGAUUCACUACAGCAUGGAUGACUUCACUCUUGACCUGAACAAAUCACCCUUAUACGCUGAUGGUAUUACCACCGAGGAGGCAGAGAAGCACCUUUCAGAUAAUCUCUCAAUGUGCUCCCCGGCCGAUGACGGGAUUGAGAUAAUUUGGGAAAACGAGAAUCCGAGACCUAAAGUCCGAAUUACGAGCAAUGAGAUCCUCGAUGCAGUGUCGGUACCUAGCAGACACACACGCACCUUGGAUCAAUACCAACCCCCGGGUGCUAUCUACCAUGAUCUUCUCAAUGCUGGUUCCCCGUGUAAUCAACCCUUCGCUGCAGCAAUUCAAAGGAUUCGAGAGGCUCUGGACCAAGAACUGGAUAAGAUGAAAACCAAGGGCGACAUAGGCAAGCAUUAUUGGACGGAAAUGAUCUAUCGCCGGUUUUUAGGCUCCUAUAGAGUCCAUCAUGUUGGAGAAAGUGUCCUACCCGCGGCUGAAGAUACAGGCACUACCGAGGCCAUUCUGUCCGGAAUCUCUCCCCAGGAUAGAGGUUUUCUUCUUCGGUUCGCAUCCCGUGAGGUGAACAAUCUUACCGCUGUUACAUUCGAAGAUAUUCAGUACCUUUACCGACGCGGGGCUAUCUUUUUGAGGAACCAUGGGGAAACAGAGACAUCUGGAUUCAAUGCUGAGACAAACCUCAACCAUGCCGGCUUAACUAUUCGGAAUCGAAACGGGGAACCUGUUCAGAAUAAGGUCCUUGGUUAA